AAAUUAAAAAUCAUUCAAAUACUGAGUGGUAAAUAAAAUUUGGUCAUUAUUAACAUUUAGUAUUUUUUUAACCUUGUAAAAUGAUGGUUCGUCUAAAGGUUUGAUUAUAAUUGAAUUAAUUGUUACUCUACUUACCUUAGAUGGUAACUAUUAUAAUUUGUGAUGGUAACUGUGAUCCAUCAAUUUGUAUUAGAAACUAAUCAAUUUUUAAGUAAUUAAUGUUUAUUUUCCCGAGUCGAAAUUUGAAUCGUCAGUCGAGUGUAAUGAACGUUGGAAUCGCGUCAGACAUGUUGAACGUUGAAAUCGUCAUCUAGAUAUUCAAUGUUAAAAUCAUCAGUAUUUUUUUCGAAAACUAGCUCCGAGAGGAGUUUCAGUGAGGUCGAGAUCUAAAUACUCUCGUUUUUCCAUUAGUUGGCUCAUAGACUUGAAAAUUGGCAUAAAUAUUCCCAACAAUCUUACGAAUUUCUUACCAUAGGUAACUUUUUCGAAAACUGAUUUAAAUAAUGAAAAAAAAAAACGAGAGUAUUCUAAUCGUUGACUCCACUAAAACCCCCCACGGAAAAGCCGAAGGAAAUUGAUUUUGUCAUUUUUAACAUUGAAUAUCCAGAUGACGCUUUCAAUGUUCAGUACGCCUGGCUUGCGAUACCAACGUUCAUUACGUCCAACUGACGAUUCAAAUUCCGACUCGGGUUUCUGAAAAUUAUUAUUACUGACAACGAAAAUUAUUUUGGAACUUUAAGCUUUUUGUAGUUGUGCUCCAAAGUAGAGAAAUAAAUUAAACGAAAAUUUUAACUUUAUGUAAGUGAUGUUUGGUCUCAGUCUUUGAGACUGGCGAUUCGCACAGUCAAUUACUACCGUGAUAUUGAAAAAAUUAUAUUUAAUAUGAUUUUGAAAUAUUUUUAAUUCAUAAUUCUACUGAUAUCGAAGUUGAAAUCGCAUAAAAUAUGUAGGUCAGUAAAUGGUUUUUUGCAAAUCGAUUUCUUGCACAGCAACAAUGUUUAGAAGGGACAGUUGACAACAGACGCAAAAACAGUGCAUGUGCAUUAAAUUAGAAGCUCAUGAAACAAUCGAAUAGCUAAUGGACACGUAUCCUUUGCAACACCGCAAAACAGAAUAUUACUCAUUUAUGUAUUUUCCUGCGUUAGUUAUAGCAAAAAAAUCAAAGAGAACAGACGUGUAUUUCACCGGCAUCCACUUAUUGAUUUUAUUAAGUAGUUCAAUAAAUAAUUUCAACAAUAGAAAUUCGAUUUAUAUUUUAAAAUUUAAGUACUUUAAAAUAAUCAUAAUGAAGUGGAUAUGGGGAAUGGGGGAGACGAUUUUGUGUCUUUUAUUUGUGAGUGCAGUCGAUAGCCACCUCAACGAAACCAUAGAUUCUUCGACGUCAGCACUAAACGAUCUUCCAAUUUCACAAAAUCACACGAGAAAAUUACUGGAAUUGUGUUUUGCCGAUCGAAUGAACCCAGUGGUCAUAACUAAAGAUUUGGUUAAAGUGUUUCACGGAAUCACAGACAAUAAGGAAGGAAAUAUUUCUGUUAUCACAAUAGAUGAAAAUUUGGACUGGUGGAGGUACCAGUAUGAUCCGAAAUUCAUUGUGUAUCCAUCUUAUUCCACUGUCAUUCUGUCAGGCGAUUCUAUCAAAAGCGAGUGCUUCGUUUUAUCGCCAGAGACUGAGUGUCACUCAAGUGGAAUCACUUACAUCGAAGAAGAUUUUAAAUCUAUAAAUUAUUGGAGCAUCACGACGACGUUCUUGGUUUCCGGAAACCAUUGCGACGAUGCAUCGAAAGCGUUGGGAUGGCUCUGGGGAAAAGAAAUUUCUACAUCAUACUUCUUAUGCCCCAACGAAUAUAACAACAAUACGAUGAUCUACACCAUGAAUCCUUUUGGUGAUAGAGCGCCUUCACCCUGGGAGAAAGUGGAAACUCAAGACAAACCAUGCUUCAUGUGCACAUUUUACAGAAUGUCGUUUAUUAACGAUGCUGAAAUUUGUUCAAAUGUAACUUUUGACAAAACAGAGAUCUUGAACGGAUACAAAUUAGGUGUCGCAAUGUUUCCAUCUAAGAUGUUACGAAAAUCAGAAGUUUUCUUUAAAAAUUUAUAUUCAGCUAUGAACAUGACUCCUGUUCAUCCGUAUAGGGAAAGUGGAUAUUUAAAUUUAAUUUCUGGCGAUCCAUUGCCGCUUGACUAUUCAACGAAAAGACUUCAAAAUAUUAUACCAUACUUUGAGCAAGGAGGAUACGUUAUAGUGACACAAAAACAAAGUUUUGUUCCAACUCUAGAUCAAGUUAUUGACAGUUUUUUCACUCGGGAAAGAAUCAUCAUGUCAUCAGUUAUUCUAUUAGUUAUUUUUUUGAUGAUGUUUCUCAACAACCGGUACGAUUUCGGUGCGACCGUUUUAGAUCUCGUAGCGUUUCUUCUCGACAUGGGAAUAUCGACUCCAAUUCUUCGACUAUCAAUGCGUAUCACUUUCAUGAGCGCAACGUUAUUUGCACUGAUUUUCAAUCCGGUGUUACAGGGGCAAGUGACUUCUCUCUUGACUAGACCCGGCCAUAGAAAUGUCCAAAGUUUGAAGGACUUGAUAGAUCAUGAUUAUCGCGUGUAUUUCCGUGAUAGGGAAAUCACAAACAAACUGCGUGAAAAUCGACUAUGGGAUGAUAAUUAUGAGGACCACUUUUGGGAUAUGUUGAUUCGAAACGCAUAUCAAGAUGCUUGCCUGUCAAGAGUUAGAAACGAUUCCUCCGUUGCUUGUAUACUUGACUAUACCGAACUUGAACACAUUGACCAGAACUUACACUAUUCGAAAGCAUUUUCCAAUAAAUAUCGGGUCUUCCUGACUGAUAGACAUUUUCCAUUGAAUGAAAGAAUCAAUAAGAUUGCACUCAAAUUGUUUGAAACUGGUCAUUUGAAUUAUGCUGAGAGACGUGAGUUUCAUAAGAUUUUGUUGGAACGAAAACGAAAAAUUGAACGAAUUAAGGAAUUGAUAAAACAUAAUCAACUCGAUCUCGAGGAUUUUGAAUUGAUUUACAUUACGAUGACACUCGCGACGGCUUGGGCGAUUAUCGUUUUUGGUAUCGAAGUUUUGAUUAAAAAAAUAGUAACUUUCUUAGAUAAACGUGCGAAAGAGUCAGACAAAAGAAAAUUGAUGAUCAGAGAGACAAUCGCGUCUACCGUUAGACGAAUGGCCAUUGUCACGCAACAAUUAUAAUUCCCAUUAAAUAUCGCGUAAGUUUCUUCGCAACGACAUAUUUAUUUAUCGAUUGGUGUUCCGUGUUUCUAUUAUACGUGUCGUUGAAUCGAACUAAUAAAUUCUGAGAUCAUCUGAAACUGCUUCUGUCGAAUCUUCUGAAGUCAUUAUCACAAGAUGAAAUAAUUUCAUACCAAUAGUAAUAUUUAAUAGAACUAACAAACCAAAAUCUAAUUUUAAAUCCUGUCAUUUUACCGAUCCUGCUAUACUACACAAGUCAAUCAGGCGUUUGUGAAAAUGAAACCUUUCAGUCAUUAUUAUGAAUUCUCCAUUAUAAAUAUCAAGAUUUAACAAUAUGCGCACUAAUAAAUGGCAAUUGUCCAUCAUACAUUAAUUUGUUCCAACCUUAAUUUUAAUUUUUCCGCCUGAUAAUAAUUCAAAACUUAAACUUUUUAUGAUGAACAAAUUGUAAUUUUCAAUUUUCCAUAA